AUGCCACCAACUCUCUCAAAGACUGAUCGUCUAACUGAAAUUCGCAUCAUCGUCGUUCACCCCAUCCCUCCCAGGAAUGCAAUCAAAUCCGCCCGUAUGCCCCUUCAUAGACCCAACCACCGAGAAUUGCAGAAAUACAUGAAUAAUAAAGAGAGGAUACGAAAAGAAGCAGCAAGGAACGAUUCGUGAAAGCUGCAAUAUUUUGCGGCUCAGAUCCUUCUUUUGCCUCGUUUCUUUGCCGGCUUGAUUUUCCAAUAUGGAAAUUUAUUGUGCUGCACUCUUUGUCGCAAUUCCCGCUCAAUAUCCUGUUCAUUCUUCAGUUGUAUGUUUUCAAUUUUCAGUUCUUUCUCCGCAUUCUCCACCUCUGCCCUGAUAUUUUGGAACUUUCUCUCCAGAGCGUCAGCAUCUGGAAUGUUCGAAAGCUCUUUCUUAGCCUCUGUAAGUUCAUCAUGAAUAUUCGAGAGUUUUUCCUGGGUGUUGAAUAAAUCGAUGUGGGCAUUCGAGAGCUCAUUGCUAAGACAUUGUACAUCGUUUUGGAGACCUUGGAUCACCCGGCCUUUUUGAAGAAUCUCAUUUUGAAGCUGUUGUAAUUUGGCCUUGGGAGUCACUUCUUCGUUUGUCAGGUUCCUGGUUUUGGUAUCGUGUUCCGCGUUUCUAUCUUGCAGAAGUUGAACUCCAUGUGCUUUCUGGAAAACCGUAUAUUGAUGGCUUUCUUCGUAUAUCCGACUGUGUUGAGCAGCGUCUUUGUUCCUGAUGGAUUGGAUGUCACGAUCCUCUCUGGUAUUAUCGACUUGUAGGCGUUGUAUCUCAUGGCCUCUCCGAGAAGUAUCAUCUUUUAGGUGUUUAGCACUAUACGUGUUCUUGAGUUGCUGAAUCUGGAGAUUUUUGACCGAGAUCUCGUCUCGCAGGCGUUGGAUCUCCACCCUGAAGUACUUCAUCAAGUCUGGCUGCGGUUUCUUUUCGGUCUCCAAGGAUUGGAUUUGUUGCAGGUAUUGAGAAUUCACGUCCUGGAGGACUUUCGAGUCGUUGCUCGUGCGAGUAUCUUCAUGUACCAAUUGUUGUAUUUCGCGAGUAUGUGCCAUUCCCGUGUCCAAGAGAGCAUGAAAAUCGUCAGUUGUGAGUGUCACAUGAUUACCAAGGUGUUGAAUCUUGAUAGUCUUUGCCACGUUCUGAGCUUGAAGUAAUUGCAUAACGUUAGCUUUUGCCGCAUUGCCAUUUUCAAGUGGUUCGGUCUCGCGCUUCUGUUCUGAGUUUUCAAGCUUGACGCACUGCAGUUUGUCAUAGCUUCAAUCGAUCUCCGCCCAUAUUCACGUCGGUACGUGGCUGAGACGCAGAAUCUGAGGGUAGAGACCUGGAAUUUCGCUUGUUUCAAGAGUAGGAUACGUACUGGCCGUCCCGGGGGUGGAUUGUGGCGGUACCCAUUCCAACCCUUGUCCGUUUGAGGGACCGUCGUUUUCAGAUUCUGCCUCAAUAUAUGAAUUUCUAGGAUCCAUAAGGAAAAUGAGUUCGAAGUAAUG